AUGUCCGCUAUGUGGACCCCUACCUACUUGCUGGUCACCAGCAUCCUCGCCCACGCUGCCCCUGUUCCCCAGGGAAUGGCCAUCGAUCCCUUCGUGUUCAACCACGACGACAACCAGCCCGAGGUGCCGUGGAAAGACAUACUGGAGAGGAAAUGUGACCGCUCACAUUCAAAGUGGGCGAUAGCGAAUGGAAAGGAUGACCAGCCUCUGCUGCUCUGGGUGGACACCUACCCCCAACACACCCUCUUCGGCGGAUGCCGUUCUGGUCGCCCCUGCGACGCCUGGUGGUGCAAGGCCUACUAUUGGGUUCGCGGUUUACCGGGCAAGGUUAUCCUCUGGCGGCCAACCGCGGCGGCCAGUGCGACGACGGUGGCAGCCACCGAGACUCCAGCUCCAACCAUUCCCACGACGUCGCUGUUCAUGCCCGGAACUCGAGCGAUGCUAUGCCAUGCCACACGUAGGGUGUUCGGUUUCCCGAAGGCGGCCUGGAAAACCGUGGCCGCUGUCUCGGCCAGCGUGGGGAAAUCGACCACAACCACGUACGAGGCCGCCUCAACCCGAACCAAAGGUCUCUUCACGAAGAAGCCGAAGCCAAGCCCCGACUCCGAGGUGGCUGAUCGCAACGACUCCAGGGGCAGUACAGAGAAGGGCCCCGUCAUCCACCUCAAGAUCGACCAGUCCAACCUCAUGAAAGACCAACCGGUCGUCGCACUGAGUUGCGACGCCGACGCAGGCGACAUUGGCACUUAUGGCAGUCAGGAGAAGGUGUCGUCCGAGUAG